AGCAAUUUUCUAACCUAAAAAAAUCGUGAAUGUCAAAAAAGAUUGAGUUGGGCAUUAUAAGUAAUUGUUCUGUGGGCAUCAUCUAUUAUCUACAAAAUCGGUAACAUACUUCGGCUGCAGUUUGUAAUCAAAAAUUUAGGUUGAUCCUCGAUUCCCUUUCUCCAUUAAAUACCAUUGAUUGCAAGGUGCAAGCUCCUUGUCUCUUGCAUCAUUUUCCUUGAAAGGCAAGGCAAAAGGAGAUAUCGAUUACUUGAGAUCUUGAGAGUUGCGAAUGGGCUCGUUUAACUCUUAUAUAGUCAAACACAAUUAAGGCGACAGGAAAGAAUAGUUUAACGUUAAUUUACAGUGAUUAGGUGUAAAAAUGACUGAAAACAAGCCCGAGGACGGCAAGAAAGUUUCACCUAACCAGACGUACAGGCCCAUAUCUGAAAAGGAAAUGGAAGACAGUGUGGUGUCCCAAACUAAAAGUGAAAGCAAGUCUAAAUUCAAAGAAGCAGAUGGUGCAGAUGAAAGAAUGUUGUCUAAAGAAGACACUAUGCUCUCUUCUAAUUCCGAUAUACCUUUGAAAGAUGUUAAGAUUGUAAUGAGUGAAAAAAAUGGUGAGGCCAAAGUUGAUGGGGAGGAACAAAAAAACAAAUUUGGGGGCAUGUCCAAGGAAGAACUUAUGAAAUUUGCAAAUGAUCCAUUUUGGGUUCGCUUGCGUUGGUUUCUUUUCAUCUUCUUUUGGGUACUUUGGGCAGCCAUGUUAGUUGGAGCCAUCAUGAUCAUCUAUGCUGCUCCUAAGUGUGAUCCACCACCACCAAGGACAUGGUGGCAAGUUGGACCACUAGCUGAAAUUAAAAAUAUGAACCCUGCAGAAUUGAAAUCUUCAAAUGGAAUUAAAGGAUUGAUUAUAAAGUACACUGAAGAUCCCUACUUACCUGUAAAUGAAUCACAUCAUGUAAUACAACUUUUAAAGAGGGUUAAAGAAAUUGGUGCGAAUGCCAUCAUAGAUUUAGAUCCCUCAACAACAGAUCUAUGGUUUAAUGAAAGUCAAAAUAAUAAUUCCAAUUUUUAUGAUUAUUAUAUUUGGCAACCACCCAAAUAUGCUGGGGAAGCCCGACAACCACCUAACAAUUGGUUAUACCUAAACAAUAACUCUUCUUGGAUAUUCUCGCCAAAACGUAACCAAUACUACUAUGCGCCACUACUAAAACCUCAUCUUAAUUUCCGUAAUCAAAUUGUGGUGAAAGAAUUUGGCGAAGUUAUGAAAAGGUUUAUAAAAUAUGGAGCUUCAGGUUUUCGUAUUAGAAAUGGGCCCUUACUUCUUGUCGAUCCCAAAUUUGAAGACGAAACUUUGAUCACAAAAAAAGUUGGAGUAGACGUGGGUGAACCAGGUUUCUUCAUUCCCUCAAAAACUUUGAAUGUGCCAGAUUUGAAAAAAUUGUUCUUGAAUUGGAAGGAGAUUGUAAGAAAUGUGACUGAAGAUGGCCUUUUAAUGGUAGCAGAAGAAUUAGGAAAAGUACAGUCAUAUCAAGAAAAUAACACUCUUGUGGUAGAUCUGCCCCUAUUACAAAACAUUUUCGCCAAACCAAAUGUCAAAGCCAUUGUUCAAAAGUUAAAUCAAACUUUUAAGUUUGAUAAUAUCAAAUGGCCAUUAUGGAAGGAAAAAUCUUCAUCUCUGCCAUCCGACGUGGUUACCAUAGUUACAAAUCUCUUACCUGGAACAACGCUUGUUGACCUCAAUGCUACAAUUGAUCCGCAAUUGGUGAAAAUUAGAGAGUCCCCAUCAAUUAUGAGAGGCAACUGUGACAUGUAUGCUAUCAGUAACUAUACUGUGUUCGCUUUUGUCAGAAAUAUCCGGAAAUCCAGGUGUUCUUGUAGCAUUGAAUACAGGUGACAAAAGAGUUAGCUUUAAUGUUAAAGAAAUUCCACCUUUAUCAAAACUAGAAGAAGUUACAAUACAAUACUACAGCCAAAAUUAUAAUGAAACUGAAUUUCAAGAUAUCGGUGCCAAGAAAGAAGCGACAAAUGUACCACUCUCUCCAAAAUCAGUACUGGUACUUCAAUAUGUUCCAAAGAAAAAGGAGUAAACUGUUCCAAAGAAAAAGGAGUAAGCUAUUCCCAAUAUUUGAAAGUAUUAAGUAAAUAUUUAAGCCAUAAUCUGCAAUGAUCUGACCAAUAAAAGAAAUAUAUAAUAAAAAUGUAUUUUUUAACCCU